CGUUUCAUUUAGUACAAAAAUUAAAGUUGAACGUUAUAAAAAUUAAAUAUAUUAAAGAAAUAUAUAUAUAUAUAUAUAUAUAAAAUUAUUAUAUAUAAAUAAUUUUUUCAAUUUUAAUUUAAGAAAAAUAAUCUAAAAUAUGAAUCAAAUUAAUUUUUUUAUAUUAACUUUAAUUUUAUUAAACACAUUACUUUAUUAUGUAAAAGCUGAUACAUUUGCCUAUCCUGUUGAUGAUUUGAUGCCAGAUAAAGCUAAAUUGAAUGCAGAUGGAAGAAAACCUGUGUGGGUUCCAGGACGAUGUGCAGAAAAUGAAAUUUUAUAUCCAGGAGAUAAUCAAGAUGAUUGGGUAUGCGAUUGUAAACCAGCGUAUAUUUUCCAUCCUGACACCGGUAGUUGUUACAUGCCAUAUAAUCAAGGUCCAUGCGAGGACGGUAAAUAUUUGGUUUUGAAAAAAAAUAAAGUAGUUCCGGAAUGUGCAGAAAAUCCAUGUAAAACUGGUGAAGUAAAAUUUAAAGGACAAUGUCAUCCAUAUGGAAAAUCAGAUGCAUGUAACUUGAAAUUAUCUGAGCAUCUUGAAAUUGAUGCUGUAUCAUUAAGGCCAAAAUGUGUUAGAACAUCUAAAAGUCCUUUACUUGCAACUGCUAUUGAAUAUACUUCAACGACGACAGCUAAACCCUCUAAAAUAAGUAUAAAACAAAGAAUUAGUUCCGACAGCAGUGAAGUGUCAUCGACUGAAAUAAAUUUACCAAAAGGCGCUAAAGAAAUUUAUAGAAAUGCUCCUUGGUGUCAAAAAGGAUCCAAACGACGCAUUAUAAACUCAUGUUCAGAAAAUUAAUUAAAGAAAAAUAAGAACAAACGAAGUGCUAGAUUUUAAGAAAAAUAUUGAGAAGUUAAGGUUUUAUAAACAAAAUUUCUUGUACAUUUUUACAUUAUUAUUGUAUUAUUACAAAAGAAAUUUUUCUUACUUUUAUAAAAUAAUAGCUUAUUUUAUCUUGAAAAAAAAUUAUUAGUAUUAGAAUAACAAUAAAAU